AUGAAGAGUACGAAGGAGAUAGACCAGUACUUCACGAUGGAGGAUCCGCCUCACGUGGAGAUGGAGGAAAGACGGCCUUCUGUGAGGAGAGUGAGCUUUGCACUCGAGCCGCAAAUAGUUUACCCUCCUGCAAAAGAUGAGAACAGCAAGUCAGAGAGUAGCUCCAUGGGAAUGAGCAUGGACAUGUCCAGCCGAGCCCCAAUGGACGUGGACGCUGUGGGAAGUGCCCUGGAGGAUGAGCUCGUAGGGAAUGAGACUCUCCCCCUGUGCGAGGAAAAAGAGGAGAACUUCAUAAUGGACGACUCGGAGGAUACGAUGGAGGAGAAAAGGAUGAGUCUCUGCCCUGUUGAUAGAGAAAAAACAAUGGAGCAAACAGCCAUCCACAUUGAAGUGCCGGAAGGCGGAGAGGCCGGGAGGGAGAGAGAAAUUGAGGCUCCAGAGGGCGCAGAGACGCCUUCUGCAGGGCCUGCCCAGCCCGCAGGAAGCUUGGAGGCAGAGUGCAAGAUGGAGUACUCGCUUGACGACGGGAGAGACGACAUUUUGAGCGACAUGCUUUCGGAAAUUGUCUGUGCUGCCGACAAUAAUACGCUCGUGUACGAUACUGUGAAUGUGGAGGAGGUGCUCAGCAAGUACAAGACGGAGAAGAGGGAGGAAACAAAAAAGAUCCGGGAAAUUCUCGCAGAAACAGGAAUCCGGUUUUUGGACAAUUUAUCCCUUGGGAGCAGGAGGGAGACUCUCUCGAAGAUACGGAAUAAGGUGGAGGAGGGCAGCCUCAUAUACUACAGGGAGUUUCUGCACAGGCGGAUAGAAAUGCAAAAUGCACUUUCUGCGCGCCUCUCGGGGGAAAUAGAGAAAACCCGAGAAGAGACGGAGGCCGUGGAGAGGGAGGUGGACUGCACGGGGCUGGCUUCAAUCGACAGAAACACGCUCCUGUCAAAGUUGCGGCAGAUGAAGUCCGACGCCAGGAAAGAGGGAAAGUCGCACUGGCACAGGAAGAGGCUGGAGAUGGAGAGCGAGUUCCUCGCAGAGAGUGUGAAGCUCCUGGGGGCGUACGAGAAAGAAAAGAGCGACCUGCAGAAGAGGGUGGAGAAAGCAAAGAAAGACGCGCUGAAGGUGGACCUCCAGGGCCUGGAGCAGAAGGAGAGGGCCAUGCGGGAGAUGCUUGCGAGUGUUGGAACUCUCUCGCACGAAGAGGUGAGCCGGUUCGUGCAGGAGGUAGAAGAGGAGAAGAAAGUUGAGGAGAGCCUGAGCGCGCGCAUGAAAGAGCUUGCAGCACAACUGGAGGAGGCGCGGGAGAAGGAGGGCGCUGUCUCCGGCGCGAUAGAGGGCGAAAGGGCUGAAAUAGAGAUGCUCCAGGACUCCCUGCAGGCGGCAGAGGUGCAGAAGGACGACUUGGAGCAGAUUAAGUCCGCAGUGCAGAGGAUGGAAAUUAUCCUCGGGGUUAGGAUAGUGGAAAUAUCCCACAGCAGGCUGAUUCUCUCAAUAUGCGACAUAAACAUAACAAUCAUAUACGACGGAGUCAGCAUUGUCGACGUAUACGCAGAGACAGAAAUGAAAAGCCUUUUCAAAGAGUUUACGUCGCUUUCAAUGGGGGCAGUGCUGGCCUCGAUGGACCUCCUGGUGGAGAGUAUUCCUGUGCUGAUUCGGUACAUACUGGAAAUGGCUUCGGUGGAGAAGGAGGUUAAGAAGCUGGGCGUCUCUGUUCCGUACGAGGUGCACUACACAGAGAAAGAGCUCACUGUUCAGUUUAUGAUCAGGAAGGGGAAGACAGGCCAGAUGGGAAAUGUCUCUGCCGUUUUCAGGGCAGGAAAAGCUGCUCCAGAGAUUUCUAGCAACAUAAAGGGCGUGCGCAUAUCCGAGAGCAGGCACGGGCGCAUCACCGAAACGGUAGAGUGCGCCAGGGAAGUUGCACACGUCAAAUAG